AUGGAUGAAUAUGAUGAUGGACAAAUGAUAAUAGAUGGAGGCUCAUCGUACCAACCUCAAUCAGAGUUUAUAAAAGAAAGUGGCAGAGAUAAUGAAGUAGGUGGUGGUGGAAGUAGCCAUCCUCAUCAUAACCGACAACAAGGCGAUGGUAGUGGUAUUGUUGAUAGUAGUGGCAUAUACGAUGAAAAUUUCUUUCCUAGCCCAACACAUCCACAUCACCACCAUAAAGGUGGACAUCAUAGACAACAACAACAAAUUGACAAAUUAGUGGAUCAAGAGUUUUUUAACGAUUUUCCUGAUGAUUUUGAUGAUGAAGAUUUAAAUUAUACACCACAAACACUUCAAAUACCUAAUGAGCGAUUAAGUGUUUACGAAAGUGAUAUUACCACUGAAGAUGAGGCAGAUGAUAUGGAUAAAUUUGAAAAGGAAAUCAAUAAACCUGCCAAUUCAGGUGAAUCUAAAAGCAUAAAAAAGAAAAUCCUUGCAAUUGAUGAAUAUGGUUUUGUUUAUGAUGUUUCUGAAAAAGAAAUCCCACCAGGAGCUGAUCGAACUAAAAGAACAGUACAAGCACCCGGUGCAGAGGAAAAAACUACACGAGUUAUUAAGUUAUAUCGUGAACGUGAGGCCAAAUGGUUGGUUGCUCUUGGUACUAUGAAUCCUAAUACGGCAAGAGAUUCAAAAAAAAUUAAAAAAUUGGCACGCCUUGGUAUUCCAGAAUCUGUCCGUGGUAAAUCAUGGCAAUUUAUGGCAGGUGCAGAAAAGUAUAGAAAGUAUCGAUAUUAUGAUGAACUUCGAAAAAGACCCGAUCUCCCAAUAUAUGAUGUGAUUGAGAGAGAUAUAAAUAGAUGUUAUCCUGAUCACAUUCAAUUUCGUAAAGAGACAGGUUCAGGACAAGAAGAUCUCUAUGAUGUUCUUAAAGCAUAUGCACACUAUAAUCCAGAAAUAGGAUAUUGUCAGGGGAUGGGACGGUUGGUUGGAAUGAUGCUUAUGCAAAUGCCAGCAGAAGAUGCAUUUUGGCUUCUUGUGGCUACAAUUGAUGGAUAUAUGAACGACUAUUAUACACCCACCUUAGCACAAAUACGUAUUGAUGCUUUUAUAUUUGAAAAACUUUUAGCCGAACAUGACCCUAAAUUAUCAAAACAUUUGGCUGAUAAUGAUAUAAUUCCAUUAAUUUAUAUGACACAAUGGUUUAUGACAUUGUUUACAAUGGCAUUACCGUGGGCAUCGGUAUUACGAAUUUGGGAUAUAUUUUAUUUUGAGGGCACAAACCUAUUUUUUAGAGUAGGAUUGGCAAUGUUAGAUUGUGUUCGUGAUCACAUUCUUAAGAAUUGUCCAACAAGUUCGGAAAUUUUAUCGUUUAUAUUACACAUCCCACAUGAAUUGUUAACACCAGAUCCACUUUUGGAGGCAAUAUUUAAAAUCAAAUUAAAAGCUACCCACAAUGAUGGUAGAACUCAAUUCUUAUUACGCCUUUACGGAACUAUUCCAAUUACAUAUCGGGCGACAUCUUACAAUAUUCCUGUUGCACUAUGGAUUCCAACUGAAUACCCAAAGACUGCUCCUUUUGCUUUCGUAGUCCCCACAUCUAAUAUGCUGAUAAUGCCUUCUCAACAUAUUGAUGUAAGUGGUAGAUGUCAUCAUCCAUAUUUACAAAAUUGGGGAAAUCAGAAUGAGGAACCAAAUAUUGUUAAAUUUUGCUCAAUUCUACAAGCAGUAUUUACCCACAAUGAUGGUAGAACUCAAUUCUUAUUACGCCUUUACGGAACUAUUCCAAUUACAUAUCGGGCGACAUCUUACAAUAUUCCUGUUGCACUAUGGAUUCCAACUGAAUACCCAAAGACUGCUCCUUUUGCUUUCGUAGUCCCCACACCUAAUAUGCUGGUAAUGCCUUCUCAAUAUAUUGAUGUAAGUGGUAGAUGUCAUCACCCAUAUUUACAAAAUUGGGGAAAUCAAAACGAGGAACCAAAUAUUGUUACAUUUUGUUCAAUUCUACAAGCAGUAUUUAGUCAAACUCCACCGGUAGUUACAAAACUCACAACACCACAACAUUCUACACAUCCUCCUCCUUUACCUAAAUCUCCAAAUCUAUCACCUGCAUUACUACAAUCUAGAAAUCACAGUUACAGUGUGCCACCACCUGUUUUUCCUUUCCUUCCUCAACAAUAUAAUUUUUCACCAUCAAUAUCUGGUCAGCGGACACUUCAACCAUUUCCACUACCACGUUCUUUAGAACCACAACCAAGCAUACUUGAUGCACCACCAGUGGUCAUAUCACAACCUGUACCAUUACCUAAAACACAAAAUCCUGAACUGAUCAAUUUACAAAUUAUGGUUUAUGAUAAAGUGAGAAGGAAAUGUGAAGAAUAUGUUGAGAUAGCAUCACCAGAAUUUCACAUGAUAAUGUCUAUUGGUGAAAAACUUAAUCAGAAUCAGAUAUUGAUUGAAGAAGAAAGGAAACAAUUAUUUGAGUGUGAGACAAAAAUAAAGAAAAAAACUGAAAUUUUGAAAAAUAAAAUUUCAGAAAUUGAUAAACUUAUUGAACAUACUAGAAAUAUGCCUGAAAUAUCGGUUGAUGACGUAUUAUGUGGAUCCACCAUUGUUUAUAAUCAAUUAUUUGAUUUGGUGGCAGAGGAAAAUGCAAUCGAAGAUGCAAUUUACUAUUUGGGAAGAGCAUUAAAUUCUGAAAGAAUAGAUUUAAAUACAUACAUGAAGAAUAUUCGAACUCUUGCAAAAGAACAAUUUAUGAGGCGGGCAUUGAUUCAUAAAAUUCGUAGACAAAUAGGAUUGGAGCUUGUGUAA